AUGACUCAUUUUAAAGGUGAGGAAAAACAGAAAAAGAAUUGUGUCCUUCAUAUAGCGCAGCAUUAUCUAACCGUUUGCGACUGCGUUAUGGACGAACGGUUGUCGGACAAUUCACUAGGUGACCAGGAGCUGAACAAAUGUGGUGCAUAUUGUUCGAGAGUUACUGACGAAGAUAAUUGUGGUCUAGAGAAUUCGACUUUGGCUUCAAACAAAAAUGUAGUUGGUGACAUCAGACACAAAGGAAGACGCUACGUGACCAAAGAGAAGCGCUUCGUAAUUAACGAUAUGGUCGAAACGGUUGAUUUUGGUCUUCUACCGGAGGGUUGGCUCCAGUUGCGUCACAUUUCUGGUCUUAAUGUGUAUUUGCACAGAUCAAGUCGAGUGGUGACACUGUCAAGACCAUAUUCUAUUGGGCCUAGUAGUGUACACUAUCAUCGAAUUCCUGUAUCUGCUAUUCCAUGUUUGGCUUAUCGAAAAGCUAAUGGACAGAAUUUCCGCACAUCAGAGUUUGAUAAGGAUAAAUCAAAAGCAGUUGAUCCAAUUGACAAGCCAAACAAUGAAACGGAUCGUUGUUCCCCCGAAAAAUCUCCCUUCAUUCCAACUGAAGCUACACAGAAAAUCGAAGAAUUAGAAGUUUACGAUGAAUCUUCUGAAUGCUUAUUAUCGGUUGUGAACGAAGAGAAUAAUACACUUACGAUUACUGAAGUACCGAAUACUGAUGUCACCGCUCAAACCAACGCCUCGUUUCCACUUCCUUGUUUACGACAAAGCAUAUGUUCAGACAAGGAAGAAGGGGAAUUAUCUUCUGCAGAUGAUGAAAAGAAAACUCCGAAGAGGAUAGAUACAAUAUCACUUACACAAGAUUCCUUACCAGAGGAAGAUGAAGGUGGUGAAAGUAUAAACAGAUGUAACAUACCUGUGCACAGUAGAUCACUUCCUUUUGGAAAAAAAUGUCGUAAACGUAAAUUUGUUAAUAGUUUAUCCAAAAAAUCUACAUUGGAGACACCAUCUAUCGACCAAGUACCAGAAUCAGAUCCAACCAGUAUAUCCACAAGUAAACAGGAGGUAUCAACUGAAGUUCAAGAACUUUUUGCCGUCAAAACGCAGGUGUUUUCUGUUAAAGAUAAGCAAAAGGAAUCCCUUUUAACUCCCAAUGAUAUCCGUGAGUAUUGUGGACGUCUGUUUGAAAUAAAAGUGGAAGAUGCAGGCAUUCGAAGAAACCGUAAACCCAACAUUUCAAAAGAACCUACAAAGGAAACAGAAGAAGCACAGAAACCACUGUUAAUGAUGUCGGAACAAGCUAAAGUUAUUCGAUAUCAGAUACCAUCGGUUGACGGUAAUGUUUCACGACAAGAACCUAGAGAGGGUAUGAUCAAUAUGAUAGGCAAAUCUUACGUGUGCAUUCUUCAUGAGUAUUGUCAAAAUGUUAUGCGUCGUCAACCCACUUAUCAAUUAACGGUGCUUGAAAAUGAUAAAAAUCCGUAUCAGAUAACAAUAUUGAUCAAUGGCAAACCAUAUGGAACUGGCAAUGGACAAAGUAAGAAGUAUGCAAGGUCAGAAGCAGCUCGGAAAGCGCUAGAAACUCUAAUCCCUGAUUUUCAAAAAAUUGUUGGCUCAGAUUCAAACCAGACUGUUCCAGCUGUGGUUUCUGAUCGGGAUAUGCAGUUGUUCGAGGCUAUUUCAGUAACUGAUCCGCGUUUAUAUGAGUUGUCUGUACGCAUGGCGCUGCCCACUCCAUAUAAUCUACUUGUUGAGUGUUUAAGCCGAAGUUGUGUGCCUGAGUCCGAUUUGAAGUCGAAUAUGACAUCUCAAGGACGCAGUAAACAUUUUUUCACUUUACAGCUUAGAGAACACACGGUUAAAGUGAGAUGUAAAAACAAGAGGGAAGGUCGACAUUUAGCAGCUCAACAUCUCUUGGCUCGUCUACAUCCUGAAGUUAGUACCUGGAGCGGUCUGUUGCGUAUUUAUGGCCCAGGCAGUAAACCGGACAAGCGAAACGAAUUAGAAACAAUACAGGAUGCACAAAUCCAACAGAAGUCUGCUGUCAAAGCUAGUCUGAUUCGUUUGUUAAAGGCAAAAAUGAGUGAACUAGCGGAUCAGUGGGAAAAGUCCGGUGGAAACAUGCAUCCAAAAGGAAAGUUUUUUGUUUCACCUUACAAUCUCCCGGUUGUGGCUUUCCAUCCAGAUUCUGAAGGUGAUUUGUACAGUUCUGCACCUAUGACGUCUGCAUCUUCACCGGUAUUGCCGCCAAAAUCAGAGUGA